GAACAGGAAGCGGAAGCGGCGCGGGCGCCGCGCGGUACCGGGGGAAGCGCGAGCACGCCGCGCCCGCCGCGUCCUUGGGGGCGCGCCCGGGACACGCCGAGAGCGAGGGGAGACCGCGCCCCGGCGGUGCGGUAGCGCGGGGCGGGGAUAACGCGCAGGGCGCGGGGAGGGGGAGAGGGGAGCGGCACCGGGCAGCGUGACAUGCUGGGUCCCGAGCGGGCCCGGCAGCGGGUGACCGGCGCCCGCCUCCCGCCGCCAUGCCGAGCCCCCGGAGCAGCCGCGAGCGACGCGCCGGCAGCAGCAGCGGCAGCGGCGGCCGCCUGGAGUUCCUGUCGCUGAGCCAGCGCGGGCCCGCCGCCCCCGACAGCCCGUCCCGCCGCAGGGAGCCCGCCGCCGCCGCCGCGCCGCUGCCCGAGGAGGACUGCAUGAAGCUGAACCCGUCCUUCGUGGGCAUCGCCCUCAGCUCCCUGCUCGCCAUCGACCUCUGGGCCUCCAAGCGGCUGGGGGUGUGCGCUGGAGAGGGCUCGGCCUGGGGCAGCGCCCGGCCCCUCAUGAAGGUCAUCGAGGUGUCGGGCCACGGCAUCCCCUGGCUGCUCGGCACCUUCUACGGGCUCUGGCACAGUGACAGCUCGGCGGCCAGGGAGGUGCUGCUCAACCUGCUCUUCGCGCUGCUGCUGGACCUGGUGAUGGUGGCAGUGGUGAAGGGGCUCGUCAGGCGGCCGCGGCCCACGCACAACAAGAUGGACAUGUUCGUCACCAUCUCGGUGGACAAGUACUCCUUCCCCUCGGGCCACGCCACCCGGGCCGCUCUGGUGUGCCGCUUCGUCCUGCGCCACCUGGUCCUGGCCGUGCCGCUGCGGGUGCUCGUGGUGCUCUGGGCUCUCAUCGUCAGCAUCUCCCGGGUCAUGCUGGGCAGGCACAACAUGACGGACGUGCUCUUCGGGCUGCUGCUGGGCUACGCGCUCUACGGCGUGGUGGAGCACUGCUGGCUGUCCCCCACCACCGCGCCCGCCCUCUUUGCGCUCUGGAGCCGCUGACUGCGGCACAGACUCACGCAGGGAAGGGAUCCUGACACUCGAACUGGCAUCCUAAACCCGUCAGUCCGGCCAAGACUUCUCCACGAGCGGUGCUGCAGGCUCCCAACUCAUGUCUGGUGCUGUGCUGCCAGGCAGGGUCUACGCUGACUCUGACUGUUCUCUGGUGACCAAAAGCAGUGUCUGCAGAGCCUGGGGAGGGCUCAGCACACCCGUCUGGCAGCUCACUGUGAUACUCAGCUCACUGAUACUGUGAAUCUGCAUGCUCUCACUGGGCACCUGCAAUAGCCCAUGCUGUAUGUGGUAGCUGUGACUUUGCAAAGGUUUCUUUACAGUCACCCCUGUAUAUGUAUCCUAUAAAUACACUGAUCAUGCUGCUGUCAUAAGCAUA